AUGGAGAAGACCGAGCUGAUCCAGAAGGCCAAGCUGGCCGAGCAGGCCGAGCGCUACGACGACAUGGCCACCUGCAUGAAGGCAGUGACCGAGCAGGGCGCCGAGCUGUCCAACGAAGAGCGCAACCUGCUCUCGGUGGCCUACAAAAACGUGGUCGGGGGCCGCCGAUCAGCCUGGAGGGUUAUCUCGAGCAUCGAGCAGAAAACCGACACCUCUGACAAGAAGUUGCAGCUGAUUAAGGACUAUCGGGAGAAAGUGGAGUCGGAGCUGCGAUCCAUCUGCACCACGGUCCUGGAACUGUUGGACAAGUAUUUAAUAGCCAAUGCAACUAAUCCAGAGAGUAAAGUCUUCUAUCUGAAAAUGAAGGGUGAUUACUUCCGAUACCUUGCUGAAGUUGCAUGUGGUGAUGAUCGAAAACAAACAAUAGAUAAUUCCCAAGGAGCUUACCAAGAGGCAUUUGAUAUAAGCAAGAAAGAGAUGCAGCCCACACACCCCAUCCGCCUGGGGCUGGCUCUUAACUUCUCUGUAUUUUAUUAUGAGAUCCUUAAUAACCCUGAGCUUGCCUGCACGCUGGCCAAAACGGCUUUCGAUGAGGCCAUCGCAGAGCUUGAUACACUGAAUGAAGACUCCUACAAAGACAGCACUCUCAUCAUGCAGCUGCUCAGAGACAACUUAACAUUAUGGACAUCAGACAGCGCAGGAGAAGAGUGUGAUGCGGCGGAAGGGGCCGAGAACUGAGUGCGCACAGGGUGUCAUCCUCCUCCUAACAAGAAACCUUUUUACACAUCUCCAUUCCUUACUCCACUCGGACUCCCUCUGGCAAAGAACCUGGAGGCGGCCAUUCCUAGUCUUUCCACACUGCAGCUUUGGGAAAACUCCAUUCCUUGGUUUGUGUUUGUCUUGGCCUUCCUGAUGUGCAGUUACUGCUAUAGAAAAGUAUUAAUAGCUUCCUUUCAUAUAAACAUAAGUAACUUCCAACACUUAUGCAGAGGACUAAAAGUGUGUCUGGCAUUUAAGUAAUCCAAACCAGUUCUGCAGUGACUGCAUUCUGUAUUACUGUGGAGAUUUGACGACCGCGUAGUUAAUUACAAUUUAAAGAGAGUUCUACAGAACCUCUCAACUUCUACAUUCCCUCCCUUUCUCUUCUUUGGGGUUUCCUUUCCUUGAGCAACUUGUCCAUCCUCCUGCCGUGUUCCUGUUUGGUGAGAAUCCAGAAGUAUUAGAUUGAAUGAGAAAGCGUGUCUCUGGGCUGGGAGUCACAAGUUGAAAGCCUCCUGUCUCACAUUCAGUGGAGGUCAUGUCUGCCUGCGACAACAGAGUUUCCUUGUUCACCUUCGUUUGCUGCUGUUUAAGUUGACAACUUGCCAAUAAAAAUUCACUUACACCUCCUGCCUUUGUAGUUCUGGUAUUCACUCUACUAUGUAAUAGAAGUAGCAUGCUGCUGCCCGAACCCAAGCAUUGCUUUUGGCCAAUUAAAGUGCGCGUCAUUCACUCUUCAUACACUAGAAAAGGGGAAUAGAGGAAUGCACACGAGUCCAUGAAACUUUAGUACUUUUCCAUGCAGAUCUGUGCACAUGUGAGAGGGGGUCCGGUUUGUCCAGCGAAUGUUCCUUAAAGAGGUGGACCCCUACUGUGUGUUGCUAAUCACUGACUGUAGUCCCAAAAAAGCCUUGUGAAAUUGUGUUAUGCCCUGUGUAACAGCAGAGUAACAGAAUAAAGUUACGUUUUAUAAAACCA